GUAAAAUAUUUUCCCUCUAUGGUAGCACAUGCACACACUUUUCCCCUUUCUGUCUGUCCACCAUUGUUGCUUCUCCCAUACACUUUCACUCUUCUGGAAACUAUUCAGUUAAAAAAAGGAAUUUCCAUUCAUUCCAUUUGAUUAUUCUAGUUUUUUCUGUUCAAUUCAAAGGAAAAAAUUACUCUGUAUCAGGGAAGGAUCAAUGGGUGGAAUGACGUCAUCAAUGGCGGCGAAGUUCGCCUUCUUUCCGCCGAAUCCGCCGUCGUACAAGGUGGUCAAGGAUGACGUCACGGGGCUGCUUCUGUUGAGCCCGUAUCCGCAUCGGGAGAAUGUGGAAGUGAUGAAGCUGUCGACUAGGAAAGGGACGGAAAUAGUGGCGAUGUAUGUGAGGCACCCCAUGGCCACCUCCACUCUGCUCUAUUCACAUGGAAACGCCGCCGAUCUAGGGCAGAUGUAUGAGCUGUUCAUCGAGCUCAGUAUUCAUUUGCGCGUCAAUCUCCUCGGGUACGACUAUUCUGGAUAUGGGCAGUCAUCUGGAAAGCCCAGUGAGCAAAAUACAUAUGCUGAUAUUGAAGCUGCAUAUAAGUGUCUUGAGGAGAAUUAUGGUACAAAGCAGGAAGAUGUUAUCCUCUAUGGACAGUCUGUUGGAAGUGGACCAACUUUGGAUCUUGCAUCUCGUUUGCCUCGAUUUAGAGCUGUUGUCCUGCAUAGUCCUAUACUGUCUGGCUUAAGAGUCAUGUAUCCUGUAAAACGCUCAUAUUGGUUUGACAUCUACAAGAACAUCGACAAGAUCCCGCUGGUCAAAUGUCCCGUUCUCGUCAUUCAUGGAACUGCCGAUGAAGUUGUGGACUUCUCGCAUGGUAAGCAGCUCUGGGAACUAUGCAAGGAAAAAUAUGAACCCUUGUGGAUCAAAGGAGGAAAUCACUGUGAUUUAGAACUCUAUCCUGAGUAUAUCAGACAUUUGAAGAAGUUUGUGGCAACUGUAGAGAGACCUCCAUCACAGAGGAUGAGUUCUAGGAAAAGCGUGGACCAGUUUGAGCCAUCCAGGAAGAGUACAGAUAUUUUUGAGGCUUCAAGAAAGAGCACUGACCGGAGAGAAAAACCGAGGCACAGCACUGACAAGCCCGAACAUAUAAAAUGUCAGUCGAAUAAUCCUGACAAGUUAGAUAAAUUAAGGAUCUCAUUUGAUCAAAUUGAAAGAUCUCGGAGAAGUGUCGAUUGCAUUGAAAAAUCCCGGAAAAGCAUCGACCUUCAGCUUGAAAGAGGUCGAAAGAGUGUUGACAGGUUGGAAAGAAUAAGGACAGGGUGAAACUUUUUCCAACUCAAUCAUAAAACUCGGGCUUGAAUAUGGUGAUAUUGGACAUAGGAAAGUAAUUGGGAUUGCUAUAUUUAUUGUAUUCGGGGUUUAUAGUCUGCUUGUGGGAAUUCUGUAAUAACUGGUGAAUGAAAUCGGAGAGAAAUGUAAUGUCACGGGGAGAUUCUUAUUUUAA